AUGCCUUUCAACUGUUUUUUGCGUGCCUUUGGCGUGAAGCUCCACUUCAAGGUGAACAAGAAGGUCAAGACGUCUUUUAGCAGCCGCUCUUCCUUCUUGCUUCCCCAUUUGGAGGUGUUUGACUCUGUUACAUCCUCAACCCUCACAGAGGACACCACAGAUCAAGUUAAGCGCAAGGUCGUGACUGAGGAGGUUUGUGAAGUGCGUGUUAGUGAAGAGACUCUCUGCUCGGAGACUAGGAGUCAUUCAAGCCUCAGAGUCUCCUGGGUUGAGGAAACGAAGCUACCACACCAAAUCCAGCAACACACAAGGGCCACCACAAGGCGCCAUAAGAAAAAACCUCCCGUGGUUGCUGCAAGUUCUAUGCCGAAACCUACCUCAUGCCCGAGGUGGGAUCAUUUCGCGCGUCGCAACACUGCAAGGGCUUUCCAGAAGUCUGUGGCAGGUCUUCUCACCCGCAGUGAGGAACCCCUUGAGCGUGUGGACUAUAGUGACGGCCGUCCGCUGAGUCAUGAGUACAUUAUCAAGUACAUCAGUCCCUUGUCCCGCUGGUGUUCAUGGAUGGAGCCGCCAAACAUCGACCGCAUUUACGAGGCAAUCUAUCGGGACCGGGUCCGUUGCUAG